GCUAGACCCUAGGCCACGGCAAGAACCAAUAAUAUCAGGGCAGUGACACAAUCCCCUUGGUCGCCUCGGCACCACAAAAGCCGCGGAGCACGUAGCGUGCCGCGGAAGCUCAAACAUGCGCUCCGUACUAACCCUUCUAAAGCGAACACUCCAUUCGCUUCCUCGCAGCUGCUCAGCCAAGAUGUCUGUGCCCCAGCCCACUAAGCCCACGACGACGGUGGCGCCAACACCGCCGCCGUGGCACGCCACCUACCCAGCCCCCAGAAAACCCGAACAGCAGGGUGCAACGCGCGAGGAGGUGCUGGCUAUGCUCAAAGCUCAGCUCAAGGACCAAAAUCGCGGUGGCCCUCGGGAUUUCGUGCUCGUUGAUCUUCGCCGUACCGAUUAUGAGGGCGGCACCAUUCGCGGGUCCAUCAAUCUGCCGGCGCAGAGUCUGUGGCCGACGAUUCCGACGCUGUAUUCCGUCCUGAAGGCUGCAAGCGUGCGAAAAGUCAUCUGGUACUGCUCUUCCUCACGCGGCCGAGGAACCCGUGCUGCCGGCUGGUUUGCCGACUACAUCUCCGAUCAGGGCGACGGUGACAUGCGGAGCCUGGUACUGGUGGAUGGUAUUAAGGGAUGGGCAACUGCGGGCCCGGAGUACACGGAGUGGAUGGACGAAUAUAACGAGCCCGCGUGGUCGAAGAGCUAACUGAGCUGCCUCCUGCGCCGAGUUUCGGCAGCACGGGUCCGUCGGCAUGAAAUGCAAUAACCCUUUUUAUUUUGCAAAGAUUGAUGCGUGCCGGGCGUAGGAUGCAAAUGAUGACGUAAGAUACGCGGAGGCGGAAGCGGAUGCGCAAUGCGCGGAAGAGUCUCGAGAG